AUGCGCUCACAGGAACGACCACAUCAGCCUGCCGAGAAGAAGAAGAAGAAGAAGAAGAAGAAGAAGAAGAAGAAGAAGAAGAAGAAGAAGAAGAAGAAGAAGAAGAAGAAGAAGAAGAAGAAGAAGAAGAAGAAGAAGAAGAAGAAGAAGAAGAAGAAGAAGAAGAAGAAGAAGAAGAAGAAGAAGAAGAAGAAGAAGAAGAAGAAGAAGAAGAAGAAAUGGAAGAAGAAGAGGAAGAAGAAGAGGAAGAAGAAGAAGAAGAAGAAGAAGAAGAAGAAGAAGAAGAAGAAGAAGAAGAAGAAGAAGAAGAAGAAGAAGAGGAAGAGGAAGAAGAAGAAGAAGAAGAAGAAGAAGAAGAAGAAGAAGAAGAAGAAGAAGAAGAAGAAGAAGAAGAAGAAGAAGAAGAAGAAGAAGAGGAAGAGGAAGAAGAAGAAGAAGAAGAAGAAGAAGAAGAAGAAGAAGAAGAAGAAGAAGAAGAAGAAGAAGAAGAAGAAGAAGAAGAAGAAGAAGAAGAAGAAGAAGAAGAAGAAGAAGAAGAAGAAGAAGAAGAAGAAGAAGAAGAAGAAGAAGAAGAAGAAGAAGAAGAAGAAGAGGAAGAGGAAGAAGAAGAAGAAGAAGAAGAAGAAGAAGAAGAAGAAGAAGAAGAAGAAGAAGAAGAAGAAGAAGAAGAAGAAGAAGAAGAAGAAGAAGAAGAAGAAGAAGAAGAAGAAGAAGAAGAAGAAGAAGAAGAAGAAGAAGAAGAAGAAGAAGAAGAAGAAGAAGAGUCGAGACAGUGCUCCUGCUGCAGAUCUUGCUGUGGCUCCUACUGCUGCUCCUGCUGCCGGUGUUGUUUUUCUGCACUUUCUUUAUCUGGAUGUCCUUCGCUGGGACUUUCUCCUCUAG